CUCCCAGCAACCAGAGCGAGGUGCUGAGGUCCCCAGCCUAGGCGGCCAUUGCAUGGGAAGCGGAGAGGGGGGCAAGAGUCUUCCACGUCCAGCACAAGCGCCCCUGGCUGGUCCUCGUCUCUUUGCCCUCCUCGCCAGGGCCACUCUCACAAGUUGCAGACGGGGCUCCGCCAGAGUGUCAAAAGAAGGGGGCGGGGGGCAAACGUCUCCCUCUCUCUCUGACCCCCGCGAUCCUGGGCUGGGCGGGGGUUGCAUUCCCAACCCGAGCAGGUCAACGUCUCCGGGACUUGCAAGGGACCCGGGUCCUCCUUGCCCGGCGAUCGCCUCCAGAUUAGCCAAUAGGAGCAACGGAAGAAAAUGCAAGGAAAGAGCUUUCCCAUCAGGCUUCUUGACUGAAGAGGCAAGGAAAUGCACUUUGCAGCAGAAAAGUAAGAACUUGGUUGUUCAAGGCAUCAAUCAAGGAGAAGACAACCAAAAGCUCUGGCCCAAAAUGAAUUAUAGCACAUCCACUGCGAACACUUUGUACCACAGUGGCACUCCCACUUCCGAGCCAGACCAUGGGAUGACUGUUGACGGUGCUGGAUCAGAAACUGCUACGCUGACUCCUGAAACCAGCAGCUUUAACAGCACCAAAAUUCCAGAUGUGGCUGGCAAUGGUUCUGGCAUGGGGACCAUGCUGCUGUCCUUCGGCAUCAUCACUGUGAUUGGGUUGGCUGUUGCUAUGGUUUUAUAUAUCAGGAAGAGAAAACGACUAGAGAAGUUGCGACAUCAGCUCAUGCCCAUGUACAACUUUGAUCCUGCAGAAGAACAGGAUGAGCUGGAACAAGAGCUGUUGGAGCAUGGCAGAGAUGCUGCUUCUUUGCAGGCUUCACAGAAUAAGACAAAUCAAGGGGUGCUCCAGAGACCUAGUCGCCUUGUGUUCACAGAUGUUGCAAACGCCAUCAAUGCAUGAGCAGUGCUUCCUCAGUCCGAGAGGCAGGAGGGUGACACCAUCCAGCUAGCAACUUGCCACGGACAGUGACCAUUGAUUCCAGCUGGGGGAGAAGGUGCCAGGAACCAAUGUGAAGCCUGUUGGGAAUCUGUUGCCAUGAAGAAGCUACUUCACUCAGAGCUUGAUUGGUAAUGUCAGUACCAAGCUGUGUGUGCUGAAAAGUGCAAGGUUAUUUGAGAUAAAUUGAUAAGAACAUGCAUCGUGACAGGCUAGAGUUAGGAACAAGAGCAUCAAUUUCUAAGGCCUUCCUCCAUUGGGUUGUUGUCAGAGUAUCCUAACGUCAGAAUCUUGCAGGUUAACCUAAUCCACUCCAUGCAAUAGACUCCCAUUCUCAGAUAUGUGGGUGCAUCUUUCUGGCACUGGAAGCCUGGGCAGUUGUCUCUGUCAUCUGGACUCAAGCCUAUAUUAUGAUGUGCACCUGGUUGUCCCAUCUCAUGUUUCAUGCGCAUAAGAGGCUGACCUUAAGCAUGAGCACAAGGUCCAGAAUUUUCCUUGCGACCUUCUAUUAGAUUUCUCCAGCGCAGGUACUCUAGCUAGCUCACCUUGAGGACCAUUUGCAAGAUGAUGCUGUAGAGUGUGGCUUCUAGAAGCUGGGGACUCUCCCAUAUCAGAAGGGCUACCUCUCAUGAGCACUUAACUAAAGGGAGAGUCUUAGAAAUAGGAGCAGCAAUAUGUAACUCAUGGAUUUUGAGAUGAUUUAUCCCAUCCUUCUUCAGCCAAAGAUAGUGAGCCUUAGCUGAAGACCAGUUGCUUUUGGAAGAGUAUUGUGUGUACAUGCAUAUUCUUGCAUAUACUUAAUCAGAUAUGGGUUCAUGUCCAUACAGAACAGUUAAAAGCCUGAUCUGUGUCUGCCACAGGAUCUGCAUUCAAGGUUCUUUUUGCAUUCUUUUGAAAAUAUUCAAGAACAUUACAAGAAAAGCAAAAGGCACAGGACAGUUUUGUACAUUAGGUUCUUGUUCUGACCUGGCUCUGUGUUCCAUGCUGAAGAUAUUCCAAAUUUUGUGACAGUUACUAAAUCGAAUAAAUCCUACAAUGCAGGCAAACUUCAGUACAUGUAAGUUAACACAGUUUUAUUUUACACCCCUGGUAGGGUGGGAAGGAGAAUGUUGUUAUUUAUUUAUACAUAUAUUAAGAUAAUUUAUAUCCCAGCUUUCGGCUAAAAAUAGAAUGCUCGAAGGGCUCGGGGUGUAGAAUGCAGAUUUUGUUUUGCCCCCCUUAUUUUCAGCAUAGGAACAAGGAAGAGAGGGGAUUACCAUUCCUCUGGAACAGCCUUUUCCAAUCAGAUGCCCUCCAUAUGUCUUGAACUACAUCUCCCAUCAGCCCCAGCCAGCCUGAGGGCUGAUGGGAGUUGUAGUGUGAAACAUCUGCAAAGCACCAGGCUGGCAAAUGCUGAUGUAGAACACAAGGGAACAAUAGUGAUGCUGAUGUAAAGCCCCACACUGUCUUUGCUGGGAGCUCAGGUUCCUUAUGGUUGAACAGGGAUAUUUUGGAACACUGAAAUUUUCUUUUAGAAUUGUGAAUAUGAUAGUUUUGUUCUCCUCCCCAGUGGUGGCUUACAUACUCAGGAAUUUGCAGUAGCAGCCAGGAGCUGCGUUAGGUCAGUCUUUGUGGUCUGAUUAUGUCUAUGCCUGUUUCCGAAACCCUCUUGAUAUUUACGUAUUUAUUAGAUUCCUAUCCUGUCUUUCCACCUCCACAUUCAAGGAGACAAACCAAAUAGCCAUUACACGAAACUGCUGUAACAAAUCAGUCAAGAAGCAUCAAAGUAAAGUACAAUCGAAGUACAAUCAAAGGGACAGUGUUUCUUGAUGGAUAAUGGGAGAGCUUAGUUUGGACCCUCCUGCUGUUGGUGGUUGGUUGUGCCCUACGAUGUCAUUAGUGCACAAAGAGAAAAGCCGAAGCGUGGGCAGGUAAAAAGCCCUUCUGCUAUCCACGAUCACUGUGCAGUUCAGCAUCAUAGCUCCUUGUACCCCUCCAGAUGUUUUUGACCACAACUCCAUCAGCCCCAGCCAGCAUGACUAAUGGUCAGGGAGGAUGGGAAAUGGAGUGAAGCGUAGAAGGGCCACUGUGCAAGUAUUGACAUUUGUGGGCAGCUAUGCACUUUAGUGCAGGUUCCGAAGCUAACCACAAAGGAAAGUGUGGCGCAGUAUAAGUAGGAUUUCAUAUUGAAGUGUUUGUGGGGGAUGAGAGUAUCCUGGCUGUUCUCUUCUGUGCUCCCAUGGGAGCUACAGCAUCCGAAACGCACUUCGGUUUCCAUUGGGAACAAAAUGGGAAGCUGGGGGGAAAACGUCAGAGAAACCUCAUUCCAAUGCUUUAACCUUCUAAACCCAGUUUCUCUUUCCUCCCUUGAUAGAAUUUUUUUGCUUGGCACACUUGUUUCAUGCAAGAGGCAGGUUGUGAUCAUGUAAAGCUGGAUCCAUAUGAUAGAUUUGAGAUGCUCUGCUGUCAUGCAGAUGAGUAAGUGGUCUGAUAUAUGCAGAGCGGUACUGUUGAUGUGUUGUCACUGAAUGUGCCCCCCACUGCCAGCCUGUGCAUGCAAGUUUGCCACUCAGGUCUUUUCUUAGACCUGUAAAACGUGUGUGUAGAGGUGUAUAAUGCAUAUGACUGGCGACGUGAGUAUAUAGUGUCAAACUCCAUGAAUUAGAACUUUGCAGCCAGUGUUAAGUCUCCCUACUCCCUAUGUAUCUUCUUCACUUUUGGGGUGUAUGUAAUCGCAUCGGAUCAUGAAAACUUUCUCAUUCAAUGAUCAUUUCCCGAGGGCAUUCACACAAACACCAGUAACACAAUUCCCUCCACCAGUCCUACCUGACACUCUGAAAGAAAGAAAGAGAAAGAAAGAAAGAAAAACUCUCAAAAGAUUCCAAGGGCUCAGCUGAAUCUACAAUUCACAGAUAGCUUUCACUGUGACUUCAAUUUCCAUUGCAACCCAUAUCUAUAAGACAGCAACCCUGGCUGGCAUUGACGGCAUUCAAUAAGGCUGUAGCUUAUAAAGUGAAGUAUAUUGAGGCAUUGGAGGUUGGCAGUAAGGCCUCCAACACUGAAUUAUAAGGUGGUUCUUUAGCAGGCAGCAGCUGCUACUCAGAAGUCGUGCACCGCCCUUUGCCAACCAUAAGUUUUGGAAUACAAUGCUCACCUACCCAGGACAGUAUAUCCCCAAAACAUUUGGAGGGCACCUGGUUGGCAAAGGCUGCUCUGUUCUUUGCAGUGCUGGGUUUCUUUUUCUCACUGACAGCAUUGGCUCUUUCGCAUUCUCAUCACUGAAGCAAAAAAAUAAAAUAAAAAAUGACUGGAAAAUGAAAUUUCUUUCCAAAGGCAACAAUAUGCUCCAUGAAGUGCCAUUAACUGAAAUCCUUGCAAUUCUCAGGCACUUGAAAACAUAGAGGCUGAGUGAUUAACUUACUGCAUAUUUGGUACAAGCGUGCACUUUGAUCAUAGGCUGUUUCUGAAGGGCAUGCUAUAUAUAGUAUGAAUGGUUCUGGAAAGGAAAUGGGAUAUUAUUACCAGUUCCUUUCUGCCCUGCAUCUGGAAGGCUUUCAGUAAUGUAGUGCUGAUGGCUUCACUGAAAGGGCAGUGCAGGUAUUUGUUAGGCUUGUGUACCAUCGUAUUCUUCGAAUGCAAUAGCCCUUUCCUACAUGGUACUUGGAAGUCUCUGCGUAAUGUAGGAUAACCAUUGCAAUAUGUUCCUGUAUUUGAGACGUUAUUAAAAUAUUUAUGUGAAAUCAA